GGCGCCGCCGCCACCGUCGUCCCCGAGCAAAAGCCGGCGGGUGCCGGCGGCCGCCCCGCUGGACACCCGCGUCGUCAUGGGCGAGGAGACGCGGCGGCCCCCGGAGCCCGACCUCUUCUUCACGGCGCCCUCGACGCCCGUCAAGGCGGCCUUCGCCCGGCUGGCGGCCGGCGGCGAGGAGGAGGAGGAGGAGGAGGAGGGCGGCAGCGAAGGCCCCGGCUCGCCGCCCACCUCGCCGUCGGGCUCCUACAUGACGGCCGAGGGCGGCAGCUGGGGCUCGUCGGGCACCGCCAGCACCUCGCCCUCCUGCUCGCCCAACCUGGUGGCCGACGGCGAGGCGGCGCCCGGCGAGCCCUUCCUCCGCGGCGCCGAGGAAGAGGACGGGCUCGCCUUCACCUUGCCGGAGGAGGAAGAAGAGGAGGAGGAGGAGGAAGAAGAGGAGGAGGAAGGCCAGGCGACGCCGCUGCUGGCGCGGCUGCUGGGCGCCGCCGAGGCCGGGCUGGUGCCGGCGGCGCUGCUGCCCUUCCGCGGCAGCCUGCUCUUCGAGGCCGAAGCCGUGGAGAUCGCCCUGGGCCCCGCCGCCGCCGCCAGCGAGGAGGAGGAGGAGGAGGCCGAAGACGAGGACAGCGCCUCAGCCUCCUUCCCGCGCUCCCUCUCGGAGAGCUCGGUGGCCGAGGGGGCGGACGAGGCCUUCGCCUUCCAUGACGACACCUCGGCCUCCUCAGCCCCCUCCUCUUCCUCUUCGUCCUCCGGCGGCGACGAGGACGAGCGGCCCGGCGGCAUCGAGCUCCGCCUGGAUGGCACCACUGCGUCCCCGGAGGAGGAAGAGGAUGCAGUGGUGCCUCUGUCGGCCAGGACGCUGGGUGAGGAAGACCUGGGCGAGGAAGAGCACUCUGAGCAAAGCCACAGCGUCUCCCCCACCGAGCGGGACCUGGUGUCCCUGCCAGCAUCAACAUUUCCACCGGAGGAGGAGGAGGAAGAUGUGGCAGCGCCUUCAUCCGGCCCCAGGGCACCAGGCGAGGAAGGCUUGGGCGAGGAAGAGCUCUCCGAGCACAGCGUCAUCAUCUCUCUCACCAAGCAAGACCUGGUAUCCCUGCCGGCAUCAGCCUUCGCACUGGAAGAGGAGGAGGAAGAUGUGGCAGCACCUCCACCUGGCCCCAGGACACCAGGCGAGGAAGACUUGGGCGAGGAGGAGCUCUCUGAGCAGAGCAGCAGCAUCUCUCCCGCCGAGCAGGACCUGACAUCCCUGCCGGCAUCAGCAUCCCUGCCAGAGGAGGAAGAGGAAGGUACGGUAGCACCUCCAUCUGGCCCCAGAAUGCUGGAUGAGGAAGAUCUUGGUGAGGAAGAGCUCUCUGAGCAGAGCAGCAGCAUCUCCUCCACCAAGCAGGACCUGACGUCCCUGCCAGCAUCAAUGUUCCCACUGGAGGAUGAGGAAGAAGAUGUGGUGGCACCUCUGUCCAGCCCCAGGACACCAGGCGAGGAAGACCUGGGUGAGGAAGAGCUCUUGGAGCAGAGUGGCAUCGUCUCCCUCACCCUGCAGGACCUGGCAUCCCUACCAGCUGCAGGACUUCCAUUGGAGGAAGAGGAAAAAGAUGUGGUGGCACCUCUAUCUGGCCCCAGGACACCAGGCGAGGAAGACUUGGAUGAGGAAGAGCUCUCUGAGCAGAAUGGCAUCGUCUCCACUGCUGAGCAGGACCUGGCAUCUCUGCCAGCAUCCAUGUUGCCACUGGAGGAGGAAGAGGAAGAUGUGGUGGCACCUCCAUCCGGCCCCAGGACACCAGGUGAGGAAGACUCGGGUGAGGAAGAGCACUCUGAGCAGAGUGGCAUCGUCUCCCCCACUGAGAAGGACGUGACAUCCCUGCCAGCAUCAGCAUUCCCGACAGAGGAGGAAGAGGAAGCAGCACCUCCAUCCGGCCCCAUGACACCGGGCGAGGAAGACUUGGGCGAGGAAGAGCUCUCCAAGUGCAGUAGCAGGAUCUCCCCCACCCAGCAGGACCUGGCAUCCUUGCCAGCAUCAGCAUCUCCACCAGAGGAAGAAGAGGAAGAUGUGGUGGCACUUCUGUCCAGCCCUGGGAUGCUGGAUGAGGAAGACUCAAGUGAGGAAGAGCUCUCUGAGCAGAGUGGCAUCAUCUCCCCCACAGAGCAGGACCCAGUGUCCCUGCUGGCAUCGGUGUCCCUGCCAGAAGGGGAAGACGUGGUGGCACCUCAGUCCGGCCCCAGGACACCAGGCGAGGAAGACUUGGGCGAGGAAGAACUCUCCGAGCAGUGCAGCAUCGUCUCCCCCACAGAGCAGGACCUGACAUCUCUGCCGGUAUCAGCGUCCCCGCCGGAGGAGGAGGAGGAUGUGGCAGCACCUCUCUCCAGCCCCAGCAUGCUGGAUGAGGAAGACCUUGGUGAGGAAGAGCUCUCCGAGCAGAGUGGCAUCGUCUCCCUCACCGAGCAAGACUUGGCAUCCCCACUGGAGCCGACCAAGUACCCAGAGGAGGAAGAGGAAGAUGUGGCAGCACCUCCAUCUGGCCCUGGGAUGCUGGAUGAGGAAGACUUGGGUGAGGAAGAGCUCUCCGAGCAGAAUGGCAGGAUCUCCCCCUCUGAGCGGCACCCGGUGUCCCUGCCAGCACUGGCAUCUCCACCAGAGGAGGAGGAAGAGGAAGACACAGCGGCGCCUCCAUCCGGCCCUGGGAUGCAGGAUGAAGACGACUUAGGCGAGGAAGAGCUUUCCGAGCAGAGCGGUAUCAUCUCUCCCGCUGAGCUGGACCUGACGUCCCUGCCGGCAUCAGCAUCCCCGCCGGAGGAGGAAGAGGAAGAGGAAGCAGCACCUCCAUCCGGCCCCAUGACACUGGGCGAGGAAGACUUGGCGGCUCCUCCGUCCGGUCCCGGGAUGCUGGAUGAGGAAGACUUAGAUGAGGAAGAGCUCUCUGAGCAGAGUGGCAUCGUCUCCCUCACCGAGCAAGACUUGGCAUCUCCACUGGAGCCGACCAAGUACCCAGAGGAGGAAGAGGAAGAUACAGCGGCACCUCCGUCCGGUCCUGGGAUGCUGCAUGAGGAAGACAUUGGUGAGGAAGAGCUCUCUGAGCAGAGCAGCAUCAUCUCUCCUGCCAAGCAGGACCUGGCAUCCCUGCCGGCAUCAGCAUUCCCACCGGAGGAGGAGGAAGGUGUGGUGGCACCUCCGUCCGGCCCCAGGACACCGGGUGAGGAAGACCUGGGCGAGGAAGAGCUCUCGGAGCAGAGCGGCAUCGUCUCCCCCAUGGAGCAGGACCUGGUGCCUCCGCUGGAGGAGGCCAAGCGCCCGGAGGAGGAAGAGGAAGAUGCAGCAGCACCUCCAUCCGGCCCCGGGACACCAAGCGAGGAAGACUCAGGCGAGGAAGAGCUCUCGGAGCGGAGCGGCAGUGUCUCCCCGGCCGAGCGGGACCCGGCGUCCCGGCCGGAGGAAGCUGAGCGCCCGGAGCAGGAGGAUGCCAGCUUCGGCGCCGCGGCGGGCGAGGAAGCCGUCGAGUGCUUCCUCGCCGAGGAAGAGGAUGCUGGGGACACGGAGACCGGAGCGACGAGCGUGCCGGGGCUCAGCGCCGCCCUCGAGCCGGCGGAGGAGCCCGGGGAGCAGCUGGCGGCAGCGAGCAGCGGCCCCCCGGAGCCGCCGGCUCCGUGCCCGGGAGAGCCCGGCCCGGAGGAGAGCGUCCCGGAGGCAGCCGGUGCCUCUGCCGAGGAGGAGGAGACGGAGGAAGCAUCCGCGACGCCUCCCGGCGCGGAGGAGCCGGCGCCCCCGGCCCGGCUGUCGGGCGGCGAGCCGGGUGCUCCCGCCGGCCGCCCGGCUGCCGCUUCCCGGGAGGACGCGGAGCGGCCGGCCGCCUCGGGCUCGCCGCCCCCGCGGGAGCCGGCGUCCCCGCUCGCCCGCUUCACCGCUUCCGAGCGGGAAGUCUACGUGGGAGCCGGCCCGCCGGCGCCCCUCGAACUGCUCCCACCACCCGGUGCCUUUUCGGAGAGCCGCCGGCCGGCCGAGCGGCUGGAGGCUCGGCGGCAGGUCGCCGCCAUGCUGCGGGGCUCCUUCGGGGAGCUGCCGGGCGCCCGGCUCGCAGGCGGCUCCGGCGCUCCGCGACCCAAAGAUCCAGCUGGCGCGCCGGCGCCGGAGCCAGCCCCAGCGGGGAGCGCCCGCCCGGCCGCUCCGGCGCCGGAGGAGCCUCCUCGGCCCGCGACGCCGGAGGAGGAGACGGCCACCGCCGCGGCCGGAGGCGUCCCCGCUGCCGGCACUGCCGUGCCGGCGGAGAGCGCAUCCGCGCCGCCCUCGAGCCCCGGUGCCGAGGCUCCGGCGCCAUCCGGGCAGGAAGACCGCGAGGAUGAGGAAGGGGCGGCGGAGCCCGGCGCUCCGGCCACCGGCGGCCCCUCGGGCGCAGCCGAAGGCGGAGAGGCUCCGCCGAGCCCCGUGGAGACGGCUGUGCCGGCGCCGGCUUCUCCGUCCUUGGAUGCCGCCUCCCGCUCGCCGUCUCCGGAGCCGUGCCCGAGCCCCCGGCCCGGCUCUCCCGUGCCCGCGGAGCAGGCAGGACGGCCGGAGCCCCCGGUGCCGGCCGAGCCCGCCGCGGCGCCGGCAGCCUCUCCCGGCACGCCGCCGGCGGCCCCCUGCCCUCCACUCUCCAAACUCAUCCAAGUGCCUCCGCUGUCCUCGCCGCCUCCCCGCUCGGAGCCAGAGGAGCAGCCGCCGUCCGUCCCGCCGGCGUCUCGGAAGCGCCUCGACGCCCCCGAGGCCUCGCCGCCGCCGUUCCCGCGCAAGGACAAGUCGCCCGGCGGCGGCGCCGCCAGAGACCCGCGGGGCCGGAAGCAGCAUCCCGCCGGCGGCAAAGGCCCGCGGAGCAAGGAGGCGGCGUCGGCCGAGGGCCGGCGGGCGGCCCGCGGCUCCGUGCAGUCCGAGUCGAGCUCCUCCAGCGAGGCGGAGCUGCCGUACCGCUGCCCGGAGAUGGAGCACCUGCGGGAAGCCGCCGGCAUGGCCCUGCUCGAGGAGAAGCGGCCGGCGGCGCAGCGGCGCUGCGAGGCCAACCACAAAGGGUCUUGCAAUGACUCGGAGAGCAACGACGAGUCCAUCCCGGAGCUGGAGGAGCCCGACCUCUCGGAGCCGCGGCCGGCCCAGACCCAGGCUCAGCUCGCCCACUCGAUGGGCGCCGGGGAGGAGAGCAUGAGCAAAGCGAAGCAGAGCCGCAGCGAGAAGAAGGCCCGGAAGGCCAUGUCCAAGCUGGGGUUGAGGCAGAUCCACGGCGUCACCCGCAUCACCAUCCGCAAGUCCAAGAACAUCCUCUUCGUCAUCACCAAGCCCGACGUCUUCAAGAGCCCCGCAUCAGACAUCUACAUCGUCUUCGGAGAAGCCAAGAUUGAGGACCUGUCGCAGCAAGUGCACAAGGCUGCGGCAGAGAAGUUCAAGGUGCCCAUGGAGCACUCUCCACUGAUCACGGAGACGGCCCCCACUCUCACCAUCAAGGAGGAGAGUGAGGAGGAGGAAGAGGUGGAUGAGACAGGGCUGGAGGUGAGGGACAUCGAGCUGGUCAUGGCUCAGGCCAACGUCUCGCGCCCCAAAGCCGUGCGGGCGCUCAGGCACAACAACAACGACAUCGUCAACGCCAUCAUGGAGCUGACCAUGUAGCGGCCGGCCGAGCGGCGUCUCCGCUCCCCUCCCCUCCCCGUAGAGGUGCGCAGUUACUCCUACCCGUACUCGAGACCCGCAACUACUCCCAGUCCGCGUCUGUAAUGCUCAAUAAACGGCCUCAUGUAUCACUUGGAUCGCAAA